AUGGACCAUGCGGCGGGCGCCCCCGGAGCCGGGCCGGCGCCCAGCGACGCGGACCGGUUGCGCGUGUGGACCUCGCGGGCCGCGGCCGCCGGCAGGCGCGGGCGCUGGCAGCUGUCCCUCGCGGCGCUGUGCGAGCUGGCGGCCGAGGGGGUGCGGCCCGACACGGCGGUGUACAACGCGGCCAUCGCCGCGUGCGCCACCAGCUCAAGUUGGGCCGCGGCGCUGUCGGCGCUGGACCUCGACCGCAUGCGGAGCGGCACGGUGAGAGCGGACGUCAUCACCUACAACUCGUGCAUCACCGCCUGCUGCAACGGCCACCGGGGCGCCGCGGCCUCGCUGCUGCUGGAGGAGAUGCGCGCCCGGGACCUCCGCGCAGACUGCGCCACGUACGGGGCCCUGAUCAGCAGCUGCCGCGGGGGCCGCUUCUGGGAGCGCGCGCUCGCGCGCCUGCGCGAGCUGCGCGAGCUCGCCGUGCGCCCCAACGCGGCGGUGUACAACGCCGCCAUCAGCACGCUGGAGCGGAGCCACCACUGGGGGAGGGCGCUUGCCCUCGCCGCGGGCAUGGAGCGCGGCGCGGUGGCCCCCGACGCCGUGACUUUCAACGCCACCAUGUCGGGCGGCCGCCGCUGGGAGCUCGCCGUGCACCUGCGGGCCGAGGCCGAGGGCGUGGCCCCCGGCGAGGCCCGCAGCGGCCCCGCCCUCGGCGCCAUCUCCCCGGCUGCCUGCCAGAGGUGGCCCUGGGGCCGGCCCCCAGGUGAGUCGGGGAAGGGUUCCGAAGCACGCGGGAGCGAGGAGAUGUGGACGUGGAUGCGCUGA